AUGCCAUCGUCUCGUGCAAAUCAGAUUCGCGGUCUAAUAAGUCGUCGGCCAGAUGUUCAUAUUGAACGUCUGCCAUUGUAUUCAUGUUUGUAUCACCUACGACCCUAUUGCUCAAUAUCAACAGCAAGAGCAAUUAACGAAAUAUGUCUUCGACGUUUAUUGAAAUCCAAUUAUUCAUGCCGGUUCCAAGAAUCUGACCAUAUCUCAGCACAUCAACUAUUAUCAAACAAAUCGACGUUUAUUCUUGGUCGUUAUAUGUUAACAUUACAAUUGAAUGCUCUGCGUCUUUAUAUCAUUGAUACAUCUCGUCUAGUUCUUCUCGGAGAAGAUAUAUGUACAGUUAAAAUCGUUUUCAUUGGAAUGUGUACGUAUAGUCAUUUUGAAAAACGCAAUUUUGCCAAACAAGACGGAUUUAUCUUGAUGACAGCUGAUCAACGUUUAUUUCUGUAUGAUUAUAAACUCAAAUCAUGUAUGCCAACAUCUGGCAUAUGUUUCCAAUGUGAAUUUCCCGUGAAAUUUCUUGAAAAAUCAUUCGACUAUCAUGAACAAAAUCAUAUGAUAUCCAUCCACACCAAGCACAAACAACGCUCACAUUUGUUCAUUAUAUUGCGAAUGUGGCCGCGCUGGCUAAGUUAUGUCUUCUUAGUUGAACCACACGUCUUCGGUGCUGAUCUCAAACAAGCGACAAUUACACACGAACUAUUGAUCGUACAAAGUCAACGAAAUAGUUGCAAUCUCUACUCCUUGAAUGCUAUCCUUGAUAAAUAUACAAUCAAAUCACAUUUCUUAUUUGAUCAUCCAAAUGAACUUCUACCAAUCAAUGUCGAUAUCAAUUCUUGUCCACCAUGUUUGUUCACAUUCAACUGUGAACGUCCACUGUUUGAAUACGCUUUUUGCAGUACACAGCACUUUCUUACACGCAUCAAUGAAGAUUAUUUUGUUUUACAUAUCAAUCAUGACUCGACACCUGUUUCCAAUGGGCAUCUGAAGCGUUCUUGGACGGAUAAUUUAUCACCGAACAGUCAAGUCUACUUUAUUGACACGAGUCACCAUCAAGAUUGCAUUAUUGAUAUUCGAGAAUCAUCUGUAAAUGUUUGGCAAUUAACACAUGGUGAAAUCACGACAGUUAAUCUUCUAUACGCAAUUGAUGAUGGAAUGAGAAAUUUAGGAUCAUCAAACGAUCGACAUAUGACACGCUAUGGUCGGCCAACGACACCACAGAAAUUCAUUGAUUUAUCAUCGAGUGUUUUAACUGAUCAUUAUUUUGAUAAUUAUAACAAUAUUUUAACAUUACUUUUCGAGUCUGAAUCAUCUGAAACAGCAAUCAUACGUCUCAUCGAACAUCCGACGGGUCAAUCUCGACAGGAUAUUAAAUUCAAAAAGCACAACAAACAAAAUCAACUAAGGAUUAUGCAUGAACACGACAAAUUAAUCGUUCAGGAACUGAGUUCACAAACAGUCACACUUCGAAUAUUUACUUUACAGCGUUCGAUAUGCUAA